AUGCCUGACCACCGGGAACAAUCUAAUACUUUGAAAAGACAAAGCGUUCAUCUGGCCUUUGUAGAUAGUAUCGCUCCAGUAAGUAGUAGCGCGGGCCAGACCACUGCACGCGGUUCUAUGAACUUAACAGAUACGGCUUCGCGACGACUAUCAGCAACCGAUUCGAUUCCUUUAGCCCCCCUUCGCCAUUCAAGUAGUGGGUUUACGCGGCAGGUGUUUGUGGACGGAAAGUCGGUGAGUGUACCAAUGCGAAGACAGCAAUCAACCCAGUCAAUUAUGCUAAUGCCAACCCAAUCCAGACUAAGCAUAGGCAGUGUUGCUUCGCUGGAGUCAUCCACGCCGGCUGCUGUUAACGCCGUGCUCAUCGGCAGCUACGAUAUGAAACCAAACUCGGCCCCAAAGCAGCCCGCUCAGGAGUUGCUACUCUCGCCAAAAAGCGGUAGCAAAGAAAGCGUGCUACUGCCGGGUAACCUUCAUAGCGCGUGGGUUUUGCUGACGGCUCGCUAUCAUGAACUUCGUUCCUUUUUUACCCGUGAUACUGGAUUCUUUCCGGUUCUUUGUUUUGCUUUCUUCUUCUUUCUACUGGCUAUUCGCACGAUAACUUUAAGUCUGACUGAGCUAAUUGCUUACUCACAAGAAGACAAGGAAAGAAGUGGUGAUCCCUUUUUGUUUGCCUUGCUGAUGGAUGGUUUGGGCGGGUUUGGGAUGCUGGCUUUGAUUUUUGGCUUUCGCCAUCGCUAUAUGGUGGUUCGCACUAUUUAUGUGCUGAUUGUUCCGUUGUUUGUCCUGUUGUGGGGCGGGACUUUUUGGUAUAUCUAUGCGGAUAUUGGGGGGAAGAUUUCGUUUGUUUCGGUGUUUAGUAUGCUUUUGUCCUACUUUGCCAUUGUCAUUGGAUACGGAACUGCCUUUGCGAAGUUAAAGUUCUUCGCUUUGCCCCACAUGCAGUUUUCCUUCUUGCUUAUCUUUUCUUCCCUACUAGUCGCUCAGCGCCAGAUCGUUGUUAACAACUUUGCGACUUUUAGCGAGAUCGCCCAAAGAGCUAUCCAACUAGCAGUGAUAUCCACUCAGCGCGGCUCACUUUUACAGCACCGCUUCUCGAAUAAGGCUGGUAAUAUGCUUACAAAUAACUAUCAAAAAGAGAUAUCUGUUUGCCAAACUCAGCUGUUUAUUGAGAUCCUUUUUGUUGAGUUUAUCUUGAUUCUAUGGUACUGGUGGUCUAAGAACAUUAUUGUGCGUAUUAAAGAAGCCGGAAAGAUCACUGAGCCCACUCGAGUUGAAGAGAUUUCAGGGCCCUCAACCAAACUAGCCUACUUCCGCUGCCUUGCCACCUUUAUCAUGUGCCAGAUCAUUGCUUUGCUACUCUUUAAUAUGCUAAACAUGUCUAUCUUCCAAACCCACCACAAAGUACUCCAACCCCAACCCAGUCUAAUGACAACCCGAUACUAA